AUGAGGGAGCAGUCCAGGGAUGACCGUGACAACCAGACCACCUGGCUGAUCCUAGUGGGAUUCGGGGAGCUGCGACAUCUGGGCUUCCUACCCUUCACUCUCUUCUUGGUCAUCUAUGUGGUGACAGUCGGGGGCAACGCCCUCAUCGUGCUGGUGGUGGCCUCCAGUCGGACUCUCCACACACCCAUGUACUUUUUCCUCUGCCAUUUCUCCCUCCUGGAGAUUGGCUACACCUCCAACAUCGUGCCUCGGCUUCUGCAGAGCUUCUUGGAUGGCGAGGAAGCCAUCUCGCUGGCCAGCUGUCUGCUCCAGUUCUACAUGUUUGCCUCCCUGGCUGCGGCCGAGUGCCUCCUGCUCUCUGCUAUGUCCUACGACCGUUACUUGGCCAUCUGCCGCCCCCUUUACUACCCUGUCCUGAUGAACCCCUGGUUGUGUGGCUGCCUGGCCACUGGCGCCUGGCUCAGUGGCUUUACCUUCUCUGCUUUCACUCUGGCCUUAGCAGCCCCUCUGCCCCUCUGUCCUGGCAUCAGAGAGAUCAACCACUACUUCUGUGACUUUGCUCCAGUGGUGGGAUUGUUCUGCGGGGAUGUGGGGGUGAUGUGGGGCACUGGAGUCAGCAUCUCAGGCUUCCUGACCCUGGCUCCUUUCCUGUUCAUUGUGGCAUCCUAUGCCCUUAUCCUGCGGGCUGUGCUGCGAAUUCCCUCAGGCCGUGGGAGGCAGAAAGCUUUCUCUACCUGUUCCUCCCACCUCAGCGUAGUCGGGGUUUUUUAUGUCACCCUCAUUGUGGUCUAUGUGGCCCCAACAGAUCACAUGCCCCCCUUGCUCCGAAAGGCCUUCUCUGUCCUGUACACUGUGCUCACCCCUAUGGCCAACCCCAUCAUCUACAGCCUCAAGAACCAAGAGGUAAAGGGGGCCCUUCACAGACUCUGGAGACAGCUCGCGCCAGGCUGCAACUCGCUGGGAGCGCCAAGACGGCUACUGCCUUCUUCCUGA